CCAAUGUCAAGGCUGCACGAAACCGAUCUAAAGAAAAUCAUACAUUGAAACAGAAGACUCUUGUCUCUUUGUUUCUCUCUAUAUAUACACACACAUAUACCAACACCCUAAAUUAAUAUCCAUAUCUAGAGAGAUCUACAAAGAUUGAGAUUUGUAAAACUUUUAUAUAUCUUUUCAGAAUAUGGCGGUUGAAGACGAUGUAUCUUCGAUAAGAACGACCACGUUAGUGGCUCCAACAAGACCCACGAUCACAGUUCCUCAGAGACAUCCUGCGAUCGAAACGGCGGCGUAUUUCUUUGGCGGUGGAGAUGGGCUUAGUCUUAGCCCAGGUCCACUUUCUUUUGUCUCUUCUUUGUUCGUUGACAGCUUCCCUGACGUCUUGACGCCGGAUAAUCAACGGACGACGUCGUUCUCUCAGCUUCUCGCCGGGGCUAUGUCGGUGUCUCCUGGCGCUGGCGGCGGAGGACGUUCUACGGCGGGGAUGUUCACCGGAGGAGGUCCGAUGUUUACAAUCCCUUCUGGUAUCAGCCCUUCUAGUCUUCUCACCUCUCCCAUGUUCUUUCCUCCUCAGUCGCCAGUUCAGACUGGCUUUGUUCACCCGCAACCACAACGACAAGACACAUUUUCACACCAUAUGCCGACAUCGACGUCCACCACCAUCCAUGGGAUUGGGCGUCAAUCUUUUGAAGUUUCGCAAGCUGAUCAAAGAGCUCGAAACCAUCAUAAUAACCAGGCUAAUAAUAACCGGUCGUAUAAUGUGGUUAAUGUUGAUAAACCGGCGGAUGACGGUUAUAACUGGAGGAAGUAUGGACAAAAGCCUAUAAAAGGGUGUGAAUAUCCAAGGAGUUAUUACAAAUGCACACAUGCUAACUGCCCGGUUAAGAAGAAAGUUGAACGGUCGUCGGAUGGACAAAUCACUCAGAUCAUUUACAAAGGUCAACAUGAUCACGAGAGGCCUCAGAAUCGUCGUGGCGGUGGCGGCAGAGAUUCCGUCGAGGUUGGUGAUAUUCAUUUCGUUGGUGGUGUAGGGCAUAUGAUUGAAUCUAGUGAUGAUAGUGGUUAUGGUAAGGAUCAUAAUGAUGAUAAUAAUGAUGAUGAUGAUGAUCUUCCCGGUUCAAAGAUAAGGAAAAUAGACGGUGUGUCGACAACUCACCGGACGGUGACCGAGCCAAAGAUUAUUGUACAGACAAGAAGUGAAGUGGACCUUCUCGACGAUGGUUAUAGAUGGCGCAAGUACGGACAAAAAGUUGUCAAAGGAAAUCCCCAUCCAAGGAGCUACUAUAAAUGUACAACGGCGAAUUGUACGGUGCGUAAACAUGUAGAGAGAGCUUCAACAGAUGCUAAGGCUGUGAUUACAACUUAUGAAGGUAAACACAACCACGACGUACCUGCGGCAAGAAACGGUACCACCGCAGCAACCGCAGCCGCUGCUGGGACGUCCGACCAACAUCGUAUGAGAUCAAUGUCGGGGAACAAUAUGCAACAACAUAUGAGUUUCGUCGGUAACAAUAAUAAUAGUUCAGGCCAGUCCCCGGUCCUAUUGAGGUUGAAAGAAGAGAAAAUUACUAUUUGACUUAUAAACCGACGACUUCGAGGUUGUUUUAGGAUUGGUUUAGCCGUUCGGUGAUUGAUUCUGAACCGGACUACUACUGAUUGAUGACUUGUAUAACAAGUGUGAUGUGAAUUUGAGUGCAUGCUUUUGACUAAAGAAAAUAAAUAUGUUCUUCUUCUUCUUCUUAAUUUGUGAUUUUUUUGGUUUUUUUGUAACUAACCAUUAAUUGUUUGAGAAUACGAAUGUACGUAACAAGUAACAACAUAUACAGUAUAUACAGUACUUUCUUUUCAGUUU